AUGUCCGUUUCAAAAGGCGAACAUAGUCCGUUCUCCCCUCAAUGGGUCAACCGGAAAUUAUAUACGCUCAUGUUAGUCAUAUAUACACCCAGAGAAUUGAACACAGAUUCUCCAUUGGUCAUUGACGAUUCGGGAUCUGAAAUUAAAGUACAGGAAUCGAUCACAGAUUGCAAUAAAUCAUGGUUACUUUUGGGUUUAAAACAGAGUGGUUUCGGAAAAGGACGAUGGAACGGAUUUGGUGGUAAAGUCGAAUUAAGUGAUGCGAACCCAAAAGCUGCUGCACUUCGAGAACUGAAUGAGGAGUCUGGUUUAACACUUGAUGAGUCUUCCGUUGACGAAGUUGGUCGUCUAUGGUUUACUUUCGCUGAGACACUGGAGUGUAUGGAAGUACAUGUGUUUAUCUGCCGAACAUGGACACCUACAUUUAAUGGUCAUACGGUUAAAUGGCCUUGUUAUACAGAAGAAAUGCAUCCAGCUUGGUUUCCACUUAUAAUGAAUAAAGAUAAUACAAUAAAUACAUCAUCUUUACCAUGGGAACAUAUGUGGCCUGAUGAUUUGUUAUGGGUUCCUGAUAUACUUCAAGGAAAUCUUAUUCUAGCUUGGUUUCAUUGUCUUCGACUUUCUAAUCUACCGAUUACAAAUAGUCAAAAUUUAAUUGAUCGUUCAACAGAAACUAACGGGAUCUCUAUUGACUUAUAUGAAAUACCAGCUUAUCAUUUGGAAUCAUUUACUACUGAUGAAAACGAGUUAUUGUCUGCUGAUAAAGAUAACGAUUGUAAGUUAUCCAGUGUUCAACGAAUUAUUGAUCGAUUGGAUUUAGACAAGAAUGAUAAUAAUUUAAGAUUAUGGAUGAAUUCAUCAUUAUAUGAUAAUGAAUUUGUUGUAUCUCCUUUGAUACUUCAGAAAAUUUUACAUUAUCCCAUCUAAUAAAAACAAUUUGAUAUUUUAAAUUAGAAUAAAUUUUGAUAAAAAAAUAUUAUUUUGAUAAAUUUAUUUUGUCAUUCUUCUUCUUUUUUCGCCUGACUUCAUUGAAAUAAAUAGCUGUAGUAGUCAUAGUAAUAGUAUAGUGUUAUUUGCAAUGUUUGUGGUAGUAAUAGUAGUAUUAGUGAGAAAAAAAUGGAUUGUUAAAUUGAUUAAUUGUGAAAAACAAUAUUAUCAUUGACUGAUUAAUUUUACCUUUUGUGUGUGUGUGUGUGUGUGUG